CCCUGCCUGUCCUAUGGGCUGAACCUGAGCGAGGUGACGCGUGGAAGGAAGCGACGCCAUGCGCUUAGUCCGCUCGACACUGCUCACAUCACCUCAGCGUCACAUCACAACACGUUAGCCAAAAAGCAUCCUGUCAACACGGCGAUAAAGCUAAUUGUGUAAACAUUCGAUACGCGCUACCUGUCGUAUUCGUAACCUUUAUCAUCCUUCCGGUGACAGAAAACCAUGAUCGAGUGUCUUUGUGGGAACUGGUGCUGGCGUCUCAUUGAAGCCAACAAAUCGACGUGGUAUUUUCUGCUUUUGCUCCUCGCCUAUGUGUUAUAUUUAAUUUUCGGAGCUGUCGUUUUCUCUCUGGUGGAACUGCCGUAUGAGGACCUGCUUCGACAAGAGCUUAGCGACGCGAAACAGCAGUUUCUACGAGACAAUGAGUGCUUAUCCGAGGAGAAACUGGAGGCAUUCCUGGCCCGAGCGCUGGAGGCGAGUAAUUACGGUGUAUCCGUGUUAAAUAACAACGCGACCAACUGGAACUGGGAUUUUACCUCAGCGCUGUUUUUCGCAAGCACAGUGCUCUCCACGACAGGGUAUGGCCACACAGUGCCCUUGUCGGAUGAGGGAAAAGCCUUUUGCAUCUUCUACUCUGUGAUUGGUAUCCCAUUUACCCUACUGUUCCUGACCGCAGUGGUGCAGCGGGUCAUGCUGUUCAGCACUCGACGCCCUGUGGCCUUCAUACAGCACCGCUGGGGUCUGUCUAAGUCUCUGGUUUCAAGCGUGCAUGCGUUUGUUUUAGCUGCCGUCUUGAUCUCCUGCUUUUUUCUCAUCCCUGCUGUAAUCUUCUCUGUAAUGGAGGAAAACUGGAACUUCCUGGAGUCGUUCUACUUCUGCUUCAUCUCACUCAGCACUAUUGGUCUGGGAGACUAUGUGCCAGGAGAGGGCUACAACCAGAAGUUCAGGCAGCUCUAUAAAGUGGCCAUUACUUUCUAUCUCUUACUGGGCCUAAUUGCCAUGCUGGUGGUUUUGGAGACAUUGUGUGAGCUUCAACAAUUUAAGAAACUAAGGAAGGUAUUCUAUCUCAAGAAAGAGAGAUCAGAAGACCAGCUUACAAUCAUGGAACAUGAUCAUCUCUCUUUUACAUCUAUGUCUGAUCAAGGAGCCUCAGUCAGAGACUAUAAGACAGAUCUUUCCCCUGACAUAUCCCCCAUAGCAACCAGUGACACCCCUGUUGUUAGGUAAGAUCCUAAGCAAGAUUUAGAUAUUGUAGUCAACGAUCAAAUGCUUCUGAAUUGGAUUAGUGGUACUUGAAAUAAUGGCUGGACUACGUUAUGACUUUUGUUAAAAUGGACAUAUGAUUGUAGUAUCAAUAAUAUAGCUUGUCCUUGUGUAAUAUUAAAUUAUUAAACAGGAAAUAAAUCAUGUUAAAUCUUGACAAGUUUAGUAAACUUUAAUUUGCUCUAAUCUUUAGGUAGUAAAUAUCUAUAGGGACAUAUAGUUAAAUAUAGUAAGUUAACAGAUUUAAAGGGAAUUAAAAUUGGGAUAUGAACCUUGGCUACUGAUUAUUAACAAGGUCAAGAAAGCCAUGGUUCAUCCUAUGAAUGAGUACUGAGAGAGAUACCUAAUUAAGCACUUUUUUCAUGUGUGUAUGUGUUACCAGUGCCACCACUGUAACUGAGCUGUUAUUAUACAUACAGUAUAAAACCCUGGUCAAAGCACACCUACUCUGAGAGGUUUUCCUAAUUUAAUUAUUUUUCAUAUUUAGUAUUAACAGUCACAAAUGAUACAUUAAGCUGUAUAGGGUAAUGCAGUAACCAUUAAGUGUUAAACCGAUGAAACUGUAAAAACAGCUUCUUUGUAGUCUUGAUCACAGCUUUACAUCGUUUUUACAUUCCCUCUUGCAGAGGACUUUUUCAUUUGGUAAGGGAAGUCAUACAUUACAAUCAUUCAUUUGAGAUUCUGAUUAUAAUUUUAAGAAAUAUAAAGUGAACUAUGUUUUAAGAAAAAGCCUAUAGAGUAAAAAUGUAUUUAAGUAAUGUGCAACAAAUAGUGUGCAACUUUUAAGAAGCCAGUGCUAACAGGAGAAUAACAAAUGUAUUGACUGCAUCUCCACCCAGCCCUCUGCUAUGCUCAGCCCAUUACCUGGCUCAUCAAGAAUGCGCACACGAUUUAAUAAUACUGCUUUCUCUCCCUGUCUGGCAGUAGACACUAAAACAUUCAACUAGUGAGCUAUAAAUAUUGUAACUCACUGAGCUGACUGUCCCACUACAUGUCUAUAAAAAUAACACAACUAUAUGGAAAAUUCCAGUACACAACAGCGUACAUGAUGUAGUUCUAGGCAAUGCAGUUUGUAUACAAAGCACGGGGACCUGCGCGUCCCCAGAAAUGCUUUGGAAAGCAGUUUUGCUUGGAUGUGUCACAAAAACAAAAAAAAAAGAAAACCCACUUCGACCUCAAACUAUUUAAUGAUUAAAUUUACAACUUGCCCAUAAAGCAGAAGUUUUACAGACAGGUAGAAAUUCAGCUUUUCUUCCAUUUUCUUCAAACCUCUUUAAUUUCUUGCUCCCUUUAAAAACAAACAAACAAAACAACAUUGUCUCAGCUAAAACUGAAAUUGGAACUCAGCAACAGAGAUGAACAGGGUUGCCAGAUCACACUGCCUAAAUCUUGCAUAGCCCAAGUAGGAAUAAUAAUAGACCUCCUACUGGGGUUCAGUAAUACGUAUACGUGCAUACAUUAUUCUAUGAAAGUAUUUUAAUUUCCUGCUUGUGAUGACAAUCUGGCAACACUGGAGCUGAACCCUUCUUCUUUUAUAUUUAUUGGCAGUUGGAAAACUAGAUCAAAGGUGAAUUACCACCCCGUACUGGAUUAGAGCAGUAGCAUUGACAUGUUUAAUUGAUUAGUUUUACUUAAAAACAUUUAAAAGGGAAUAUCUGCAGUGCUUUUGACAGAACCUCUGCACAUUAAGACGUUUUGAAGAAUAUUUAUACUAAAAAAGGUUUCAUACUGUACCUUUAAACAGGUGUAUCUAUACAUUUGACUGCUGCUUUACUGUUAUAUGAUCAUGGUAGUUCAUGUCCUGAGUAAAUACAGACUUACAAUACAAAUACAGAGUACAUGUUAGAUAAAUGAUGCAAUAUAGGCACAUCUGUAAGAUAUAGGCACAUCGUUAAAGCAGAGAAAACACACCACAUAUCCUUGGUUGAUGUAAGAUUUGUGUUAACUCAAAUAUACUGGAUUCUUAUGCUGUAAAAGUUGAUGUUGUAGUGUAUAUUGUAGUUGUUCACAUGGGGGCGCUGUUUUGCAUUGUAUAAGAGUUACAAUGAAGGACCGUAUCAGCUUUGCAGACUAUGGGAAAAUUGUUUUGAUAAAAACUGUAUUUUUUGCAAUUUGUUUGUGUAAUGUUUGUUGCAACACUGAUAGCACAUAUGCUACAGUUCUGGAAGGUGUAUUCUUUUAGACAGGGUAUUAAAGAAAAAUCACUGCAAGUAAAUUCAUAUGAUCAUUUUGUACUGUAUAUUAGAAUUAGCAUUUGUAAAUCCUCAAAAUUGUGAAUAAAGUGUGCUGAAAU